AGGUAUGUACAGAAAUGAGAGGCAGGCGGUGCGUAAACGGAGUGGGUGAAGAUGGCGUCGGGCAAGAAAGGUGGAGGGAAUAACGUAGAGAGGGGCGUGAAUGGAAAGCGCUCAUCUAAAUUCAAAGAGGGUCCUGUUGUGAUGGACACACAGGCGGUGUUUGCAGCCCUGUACAGCGUGUGUGAAGAAAACAUCGCUUUCUUCUCGGGCGGAGCCAAGGGGACACAGGGCGAUGCGGCCCGGCGGCUGGUAGGGGCCAUGAAGCUGAUCCAGGAGCACGCUCGCAGCCUGGAACCUGUUAUUUCUGGCUUUGCCGCCGUAUACCAUCAUUUUGACUUUGACCCGCACAUACCAGCUAAUGGCUAUCGCUCGCUAGUCAAGGUUGUGCGCUGCUGCCUUCUUCACAUCAUCCACAAGGGGCGCUACAUCACGACCAACCGUCGCAGCAUUUUCUUCCGAGUAGCGCAUAACGCGGGGGAGGUGGAGGCGUACUGUAAUGCUCUGUGCCAGCUGCGUGCCUUGCUGUAUUUGGCUCAGCGCCUGCUACACGACAACAGACACGGCAACCUGUUUUUUCAGGAUGAAAGCGGACUCAGUGAGAGUUUCGUCCGAGAAUAUGCAUCUAUGCAUAAAGGGUGCUUCUAUGGCCGCUGCCUGGGCUUUCAGUUCACUCCAGCCAUACGACCGUGUCUCCAGACCCUCGCUACCGGCCUCGUAGCCUUUGGAGAAAACUAUAAGCGCCACCAUUCAGGAAUAGGCGUAGCAGCCAGCUCUUUGUUUACUUCAGGGAAGUACGCCAUUGAUCCGGAGUUAAGAGGUACAGAAUUUGAGCGCAUCACCCAGAACCUGGAUGUCCACUUCUGGAAGGCUUUCUGGAACAUCACGGAGACGGAGAUCCUUUCGAGCCUUGCCAGUAUGACAUCUACUCAAGUUAAGGUGAACCGCGCUCUAUCGGUGCCCCCUGUGCCCUUUGACCUCCCACUGGCAGCCAACCACAGAGCUUCUGUGACCAUAGCUCCGCCGUCGGCACACAUCGGCUCUGCUCCUGUCCAGAUGAGACUCAUCUCCUACGACCUGCGUGAAGGACAGGACAGUGAAACUCUGCUAUCUCUCUGCCGAUCUGAGGGGGGUGCCAUCUCUCUAUCCCUGGGCCUGAAGACCAAGCGCCUGCCUUCCUCUCCCUGCCUUGUGAUUCACUUCCACGGUGGAGGAUUUGUGGCUCAGACCUCCAAGUCUCACGAGCCUUACCUAAAGAGUUGGUCCCAGGACCUCGGUGUUCCCAUCCUAUCAGUGGAUUACUCUCUGGCUCCUGAAGCACCCUUCCCUCGGGCACUUGAGGAGUGUUUCUACGCCUACUGUUGGGCUCUCAGAAACCACCACCUGCUCGGAUGGACGGGAGAGAGAGUGUGUUUGGCCGGUGACAGCGCGGGGGGAAACCUGUCCGUGACGACUGCGAUGCGGGCUGCUGCCUUUGGUGUGCGAAUGCCAGAUGGUAUCGUGGCAGCCUAUCCAGCUACCUUGCUGACGGCCUACGCGUCGCCCUCCCGUCUGCUUACGCUCAUGGAUCCCAUGCUGCCGCUCAGUGUGCUCUCCAGGUGUCUCAGUGCCUACGCAGGUAAUGAGCCACAGACUGAGAAGCAGGUAGAAAAAGUGAGCACACUGAGCCUGGUGAGGAGAGAUACAGCGCUGCUGCUGCGAGAUUUCCGACAGGGAGCCUCCAACUGGAUCCAAUCUCUGCUGGAUCCCAACAGAGCUUCAGCCUCCUCCAGCACAGCUGCAGAGGAACCGUCGGGAGCUUCUGACACACCGGCAACUGAUACUGUGAGGAAAAGCGUUUCAGCGGCUUCUAUCUCCUCGCCUCACGCUGACCCUCCUGUGCCAAACAAACCAUCCGAAUUCCCCAGCAGGAAAUUAUCAGUGAAGAGCAAGACAUGCCAGAACUUGGGAUCCCACAACAAUGCCACUCCCCAAAGCACGCCGUUGAUCUCUGAGCACGCUGUAGAAGAUGUGAGUUUCUUCCUUUCCGGGGACAAUGAGUCCUUCAUGACCUACGACCUGUCCUCAGUGGCCAUCCCCCCUCCUGUUGGAGAGGAUGGAUCCGAGCUGGAGUACCCCAGGGAGUUUCCCCUGGGCUUUGAGCCACUGCGCUCUGAGCAGCUGGCAGAGAUGAGGGUGGAGAGUUCUCCAGUGGUCAAAGAUCCGUUCUGCUCUCCUCUGCUGGCUCCUGACAGCAUGCUGAAAGGACUGCCUCCUGUACACAUAGUGGCUUGUGCAUUAGACCCCAUACUGGAUGACUCCGUGAUGUUUGCCAAGCGUUUGAGGAGCGCAGGCCAACCCGUCACUCUAUGCAUAGUGGACGACCUUCCCCACGGCUUCCUCAGCCUAUCGCAGCUUUCCAAGGAGACGAAGGAGGCCACCAACGUCUGCGUGGAGCGAAUUCGCACUGUCUUCACCCAGAAGGACACACCCCCAGAGCCACGCAAACACCGCAAGCUGGAACGGACCGAUAGGGGCGUAUCGGCUCCUUCAGGAGAAAUGGGCUCUCUGUUUGUUGGCUCCGUUGAAGCUGAAGAGCCAGCUGUCGGGAAAGGGGCUAAAAUGUCUGACGGGGAUGGCUCAGUUGCUGUGGCAGCCCAGACUAACGCCGACGCUGGUGGCGUUGGUGCUUAAACAAAGUCAGGUUUUAAUAAAAACAAGAAUCGCAAAACACCCAAAGAGGGAAAAGAGAAAGGAAAUGAAAGUCAGACCGAAGUAGGCAGUGCAAUGUCUAAAUGAGAUACGAAGAGAGUAUCCUGAUAAAUGGAACGAGGGUGGGAGGGAGCAGUCGGAAAGAUUGCUUAGUGUUUGAAAAGACAAAGAGGUGGAGCGCUGAAGUGUAUCUUUCUUUGCUUCACAGUUCCUGCCACUUAUCUGUGCAUCUUUAUACACCAACACAAAUCCUGCUGACGGAGGGAACACACCCACAAACGGCAGGCAGCUUUCAGAAUGAGAUGAUCAUUUUAAAGCGUUUUAGAUCAAAUACCAGCACACACACACACACACAUGCAUAUGCACAUGCACACGCACGCACACACACACACUCAACAGGAGCAAAGGCUCAAACAUAAAGCAGCACAGAAACAUUCUUAGGACCAAGCCUGAAUGGGUGAUUCAUGGCAGCCUUAAUCAGAUACUGGUGGGCACACUGUAUGCUUCUGUGUUGAGGCUCCGCAUCAAAAAGGCCACUUGUCCUUUAGGGAUCCACUCUAAAUCACACUUAAUAACUCUACAUUGUCCUCUCCAUUAUGCCUGUUUGGCAGUCAAUGCAGCUCACUUUGUGGGUCGUAACGAUGUUGACUCUCCUAAAUAGAAUUAGAACGCUAAACGCGACCGAAUCGAAGUCUCAGAACCAGAGGAAUUGAUGAACUCUUUUCUUUUGACCGUGUUGCAGUUUUUAAUCAGGAGUGCCGGUGUUGUUUUUUGUGUCGGUUUAUAUUUGCUGUUAUAAUCAUGAAUGACAUGUUUAAACUGUACUAUGUAACAUAAUCCAUUGCUGUUUGUUUACUAUAGUUUUACAGAUGCUGUUUAUUUAUCCAGCUGCUGAUACACCCUUCUCUUCUCAGUCCAGUGCUCGAUAAACAUGGUGUCAGGAAGAGAAGAUGAUGACUAUUACAAAGGGACAAAGUGUUCCCUUUUGAAUUGUGCAAGCCUUUUUAGUAUCGUGUGAAUAUGUGUGCAGAAUUGUAACCGCUUGUUUUAUUCGUCUGUCAAAAAAUGUGUUGCACACAAAAUUGUGCUGUCAUAAACGUGAGUCUGAGAAAUUGUGCAGGUUAGGAUUAUUGUUAGGAGUGUGAAUCUAAAAGCUGUGAGUGCAAAGCCUGAUGAUUACAAGUCUAUUUUCUACAGUUUGUGGGUUUGAGGAAACAGUUUCAACAAACAUGCUCCAAAUUUAAAGAUGGCCGACGACAGCGGACCGGAUGGAGCUGCCAGCUCAGGUAAAAACUUGCACAAUUUCAUAUAACACAGUUGUUGGACUUACUGCUCUAGCUUUCGAGCUAGUAACAUGCUAGCAUUAGUAGUGUUAGAGUAAUGCUAGCACUAACUUAGCAUCGCUAGCAUGUUGUCAACCUGCAAGCUAGAGCAGUAAGUCACAACAGUUUAAAGCAUACUGCAUACGCACGUUAACUUUACUUGUGAUGCUUCCUCUCUGCUGGCGCUCCACCUGGUACACGGUCGUCAGCCAUCUUUGACUUUAGCGCAUGUUGUGUUUGGUAGAAUCUGGGUUCGAUUACUACUACUACUACUACCUUGUGGCGUCUUUUCAAAGCCGUGAGGAUGAGAGUUGUGUUCACAAGGCUUUGCACUCACAGCUUUUAGCGUAAAUGUGUGAAACAAAAAAAACAUUUUUGAAAAAUUUUUUCUGAUUAUAACAGGUCACUCUGAGUAUUUCAUGCAGACUGAACAUGAAAAUAGUCUCCUACACCUGUUUCCUGCUUUAGCUUCUGAUAGAAAACAGACGGUGAAAAUCUAGGAUUAGAAAAUCCUGACACAUCUACGUCACACUGUCACUUAGCAUUCAUGGACUCACCCAUCAGGACUCACGACGGGGAAGGCUGUUGUUGGUUUAGCGUCCAGGAGAUAGCAGAGAGCGUCUUGGCUAGUUUAGGCUAACCAUUAGCAUUAGCAACUUCACUACACAGCAGAACUCCAGGCUUGUGUUGUUUGUGGAGAAAAAACAUCAGCGUUGCAAAUCAGUGGAAGAGCUGAAGUGCCAUCUGAGGUGAGAUGUCCAAACAUCAGGAAGUAAGACUCCAAAGCCCGCUGUCUGAAGCUCAGCUGUGAUGUGGCGCACCGGUUAGGCAUGCAACGAUACCACUUUUUUCCAAACCGAUACGAUACCGAUACUUGGAUCUGAGUACUCGCCGAUACUGAUUACCGAUACAGAUACUUCUACCACACAAAAAAAUGCUAUGAAUUGGAAUACAGGCUUUAUUUUCUCCUGUUUUCAAUAGGAAAAGACUGUGAGGUAGAUAAAAAGUAAUAUAAGUGAUCACAAAACUAAAAUAUUACUUGAACAGAAAUGACAAGUUACAGUGAAGUCACUUUCAAGCAACUGCAUUGGUAUCAUUUGCUGGUAUAUGUUAACUUUUACUGAUACCGAUACUGGUAUCAGUAUCCGUAUCGGCACCGAUACCAGUAUCGUAUCGGUGCAUCUCUAGCACCGGUCCCCCACGAGCAUUCAUUCCUACUAGAGACCACUUCAAAUGUAUUGAUUAAACAAAUGUUCUACACCUUUAAUUCUCACAUAAAUACCAUCCUAACCUGCACAAUGUUUCAUAUUCACGUACAAGACGGUACUACAAGACUCUUACUGACAAAUACAGAUGGUCACUAUCCUGCAUGCUUUUUUUCUGCGAACCAUCUCACACCAUAGUUUUGCUUGAGCAAAGUCCACCUCGAGUUUGUUUCAAAAACCAGCAAACGCAGGUACAUUUCAGUUGUGGUUUUCGGAUGUGUUUAAUUUACAUUUUAUUUAAAUGAUUUUAAGUCUGGAAACUGUUGUUUAAUAUUCUCUUCCUGGAGAGGUGGCGUUAGAGCGCAGCGGUUAAAAGCCCAGCUCUCAGCUGUCGUUACACUUUUUAAACUUGACGACACCCGACUUCCUCGCAAGUCGUCACGGUCUUUCUGUUCAGUUUUUAUUGUGUCCAAGGACCACUUUUCCUCAGCGUGGGGAUUCUGACCUGACAGCUUGUUUUCCCUUUUGUUUUUUUUGUCACAAGUGAGACGCUUUUAGGCAAAUCUCAAGGAUCCCUGCUGUGAAAAUCAGCAAAAGAAAAACUGUAAAAGCCACAGGCUUGUGUUCGGCAGACUCAACAUGGAUAGUUUUACACUCCAUUGCUAUAUUUGAAGUAUUUUUUUUUUGUGUAACUUUGAGACACAUUCCUGAGCACAGUCUCAUCAGAGUAUUUUAAAUGUAUACAAAAAUGUCUGUGAGACGGUUGGUCGUCACAUCAGGUCUCCCCUCACACGGCCGCCACACUGGUGGCUCAGCCUUCAGCCUGUUAAUGGAGCAGGGGUUGCCAGGUCUGCAGAGAGGGACCCGCUGUUUGAUGAAUGGGAUUUAGCUGACGCUCGGACUGUGAAAUCCUUCCCCCUGUAGAGGAGCAGGAUUUUCAGCUGCAGCCAUGCAGGAUUAGUCCACAGUCAUUUCUGUCAGCUUCAAGUACUUACUGUAAUAUUUUUAGUCAGAUUGAUGGAAAUAAGUUACACAGACUCUCUCUGAGAUGUGGAACCAGGGUUAGAACCCGCUUUAAUAGCUGCUGUGUUAGUCUUUUUGCUCAUUUUGCACAUUUGCUGCCGUCGGUUUGUUCAAGUUUAUUGUAAGCUCUAGCUUGUAUAUGUGUCAUUGUCGUCCACUUUGCCGUCGAAGGCUCAAAUGAAUUUGGUUCUUACACGAUCGUCUUUAAGUGUGGAAACAAGCACCCUCUUUGUGUCAGGUCCUCAAAGACGAGGAUGUCUCUUCAGUGUCGAGAAGCUGUUCAGAGCAAUUGUUUUUUGUUGAGAGAUGAUGUUUUUAUGUCCAUGAGCUUUUCAAGAUGGAGGGAUAUAGAAUUCCCGUCAAUAAUGAAAAAGUGUCAAAUUCUUCAGGGGCGUGUCCAGGGAGUGGCCUGGGGUAGCACAUGCCACCCUUAGAAUCUGAUUGGCCACCCCAGGUGCCACCCCACUAAGUUCCAGUUCAAAUUAACUUUACAUUGUCGACAAACUCCAAAAUGGUGUGUGGUAGCACGCACCUUUAACAUUGUUUUCUAGCCCAGGCCUACAGAACAUUUCUGUAUUAUUAUUUAUUAUUUUUUCAUAUUCACAUAAAUAGUAUUUAGAGUCCCACUCAACUCCAGUUGGUGGCAGUAAUGCAACAGGAAGUGACUUGCUAACCACCACAAAACUAGAAGAUGAAGAGAAAAAAUGGUGAUUGUGCAAUGUGAAACUCAAAAAUUAUAAAGAAAGUAAAAAAAUAAACGAUUUGUGUAAAUACAUAAAAAGCAUAACCAUUGGUGCCACCAUGCAUAAACAAGUGCCCCAUAUGGGCCACCUCAUUUUAAAAGUCCUGAACACGGCUCUGAAAUUCUUCCACCCGUUGCAUUGACCUUCGUACGCCUCAUAACUGUUCUGUUGCGCUUCACGAGCACAAUUAGUGGAUCCUAUCCUAUUGGACUAUGUUGGUUUGGUCUUUUUAUAGAAAUCUUCCUGACAAAGUUGUUGAUUUCUUUCAGAUUGUUUUGAUUUCUGCAGCUUUAAGGGGAAUUAAUUAUAAUUAAUUGAGAGUAAUCAACCACAAAAGUGCAAUACUGUUACAGCCACAAGGUAGCAGCUUCAGCUAUGCUGCAGUUGCAGAACAGCUGCAUAGCUUUUCCACCAGCAUCAUGUCUCUCUUCGCUUCCUGUGUCAGAAAUGCAGUGAUGGAGCAGUGUGCGACAGUCAUCACAGAUAAAAAAACCGCCUAUUUAUAAACUUUAAAUGUCAGAUUUCUUCUGUAAAAUUGCAGCAUUUGUUGAAUUUACCUCAAACACAUUUCAGAAUUAUUCCGUAUGUUUUAGACAGAGAUGGGCGGAUUUCGCAUUUGUGGUUGAAGCUUGAAGCAGAACCAGAGACAGCAGCCCGUCUCGUGACUGAUGUUUGUUUUGCUCUUAUCCGUUACCACUCCAGUGCAGGUGCUAGUCUGUGGAUAACCCGUCUCCACUCCGUACGCAAAAUCGUGCCGCAUCAACACUCGUGUAGCCGGCCAUUAAAACGAGAGGAGAGGAACAAAAACAAGCAGUGGAAUGAAAAUGUCUUUUUAAAGCUCUGUUGCUGAAAAUACCACAAGUGCAACCCUGUGAAUAAAAAUCCAAGAAUGUAUGAUUCAUGCAGAGAUUUUUACUUUCACAAUUUUUAAUUCAUCCUUUCAGCUUUCGUAUUAGGACGCAAGACCAGAUAUGUAUGCUAGUGUCUUUGAUUUUUAUCUAAAUAAAUCUAUUCUCCUAUGA